AUGGCAUGGGUAAAAUUCUUACGGAAACCUGGUGGCAAUCUUGGAAAAGUUUAUCAGCCUGGGAGUAUGCUAUCACUAGCCCCUACCAAAGGCUUGUUAAAUGAACCAGGACAGAACAGCUGCUUUCUUAAUAGUGCUGUACAGGUUUUAUGGCAAUUAGAUAUAUUCCGACGAAGCUUGCGGAUUCUGACUGGGCAUGUUUGCCAGGGAGAUGCCUGCAUAUUUUGUGCAUUGAAGACAAUAUUUGCACAGUUUCAACAUAGUCAGGAAAAAGCACUUCCCUCGGAUAACAUAAGGCAUGCUCUUGCAGAAAGCUUCAAAGAUGAGCAGCGAUUUCAGCUCGGCCUCAUGGAUGAUGCUGCAGAGUGCUUUGAAAAUAUAUUGGAGAGGAUUCAUUUUCACAUAGUGCCAAGCAGAGAUGCAGACAUGUGUACCUCUAAGUCUUGUAUCACUCACCAGAAGUUUGCUAUGACUCUUUAUGAACAGUGUGUGUGUCGUAGCUGCGGAGCAUCAUCAGAUCCCCUGCCUUUUACAGAAUUUGUGCGGUACAUUUCUACAACAGCCCUGUGCAAUGAAGUUGAAAGAAUGGUGGAACGGCACGAACGCUUUAAACCUGAAAUGUUUGCAGAAUUGCUACAAGCAGCAAAUACAACAGAUGACUAUAGGAAAUGUCCUAGUAACUGUGGCCAAAAAAUAAAAAUUCGCCGCGUUUUGAUGAAUUGCCCAGAGAUUGUUACAAUUGGUUUAGUCUGGGACUCUGAACAUUCCGACUUGACAGAAGAUGUUGUUCGGAAUUUAGCAACACGUCUUUAUCUUCCUGGGCUUUUUUAUAGAGUUACUGAUGAAAAUGCCAGGAGUAGUGAACUUCACCUUGUUGGUGUGAUCUGCUAUACCAGCCGGCAUUAUUGUGCUUUUGCCUUUCAUACCAAGAGUUCCAAAUGGGUAUUUUUUGAUGAUGCAAAUGUGAAAGAGGUUGGAACUAGAUGGAAAGAUGUUGUCUCCAAGUGUCUCCGAUGCCACUUUCAGCCACUGCUUUUGUUUUAUGCAAACCCAGAUGGCACAGCAGUUUCUACUGAAGAUGCACUUAGGCAGGUUGUCAACUGGUCACAUUACAAGUCUGUUGGAGAAAAUAUGGGAUGUGAAAAGCCCACAGUUUAUAAGUCAGAUAAUUCAAAAGAAAAUGGAUUUGGUGAUCAGGCAAAACAGAGAGAAAAUCAGAAGUUUCAAACUGAUAAUGUUGCAUCAUUUAAUCGGAGCCACAUUCAGACAAGUGGAGGGAGAGGACCAGUUAAAUUAAGUCACAUUGAUCAAAGGGAUAAGAUCAAAGACAUUUCCAGAGAAUGUGCUCUAAAAGCUAUUGAACAGAAAAACUUACUUUCUUCACAAAGGAAAGAUUUAGAGAAGGGACAAAGAAAAGAUUUAGGCCGACAUAGAGAUUUGGUUGAAGAAGACCUUUCACAUUUCCAGUCUGGGUCACCUCCUGCCGCAAAUGGCUUGAGACAACAUGGGAAUCCACAUGUAUAUCGUAGUCAAGGAAAAGGACCAUGUAAACGUGAUCGAGUUACCUGUCAGAGUCGAGCUUCUGCACAAAUAAUAAGUUCAAGUAAAGCCCAGGUUCCUGCUCCGGGAGAGAAGACAACUGGCAAAGUUAAGAGUGACUGUGGCACUGGGUACGAUACCGACAGCAGCCAAGAUUCUAGGGAGAAAGGAAGCAGCUGUAAUAGCAGCAGCAAAAGCCGGAACCGAGGUUGGAGACCUAUGAGAGAAACGUUAAAUGUUGAUAGUAUUUUUAGUGAAAGUGAAAAAAGACAGCAUAGUCCGAGACAUAAAUCAAACAUCAGUAACAAACCUAAAUGUAGCAAAGAUCAGAGUUUUAAUAAUUGGCCAAAAGAGAAUCCAAAGCAAAAAGGUUUAAUGACCAUAUAUGAAGAUGAAACGAAGCAGGAAAUAGGAAGCGGAAGUUCCCUUGAAUCUAAUGGAAAAGGAGCAGAGAAAAAUAAAGGCCUCAUGGAGAGUCAAGUUCCUGGUGAUAACUGGCAGAUGCAGAGGACUGAGUCUGGCUACGAAAGCAGUGAUCAUAUCAGUAAUGGAUCUGCCAAUUUGGACUCACCUGUCACUGAUGGAAAUGGUGCAGGAACGGAUAACAGUGGUGUUAAAGAAACAGUAUUCUUCAGUAAUUUUUUUUUCCUCCCCACCACAGGCUUUAGAAAAGAACUCAGGAACUUGGAAGCAGGCUAUAAACCUCAUGAGUUCCACCCAGAAUCACAUCUCCAGAUAAAAAAUCAUUUGAUAAAAAGGUCACAUAUAUGUGAAACCAAUGGCAAGUUACUUCCUUCAUCCAGGCCACCAAUACUCAAGGACAGUACUGUAGCAGAGCAUAUCCACCAGUCAGAUGAACAGAAACUUGAAAAACCAAAUGAAUGUAGAUUUUCUGAGCGGCUUAGCAUAGAAAAUUCUGAGAAAAGAGGUUUGCCUUUUCAUGGUGAUAACUCUGCUUCUGGGAAGAGAGUGAACAGUAAUGAAUUAGUCUCACCAUCUUCAUUGUGGUCUUCACACAUGAGAACUGUUGGGUUAAAGCCAGAAAUUGCUCCCCUCAGCCAGCAACAAAAUAUGAUAGAACCAUGUUACUCUGCAAACUCUCUAUCCAGGGAAUAUAUAAUUCAGUCAACCUGCAGAUCUGAUGGUUGUCAGAUGCCAAAACUCCUUUGCCGGAAUCCACCACCCCCUUUGCCACCAAAGAAAUAUGCCAUAACCAGUGUGCCACAGCCAGAGAAAAAUGAAUCUCCACUUGAUGUCAAUCUUACAGAGGCGUUUAAAGCUGAUUCUACUAGUCUUCCGAAGCACAGUUUAAGUUCAGCUUCAGAACCAAGUUUAGAAGGGAGUAUGUAUAUGAACGACAAAAGACGGAAAGAAACAUUUCAAGUGAAAGAAUGUGUUGGCGACACAUCAGACUACCCGUCCAACUCUUCAACUGAUUUUCAGGCCAACUCAGGUGCAGUUGAUGCAUUUUGCCAAUCAGAACUAGACUCUGGUUCUACAAGUCCAAGUGAGACAAUUUCAUUAACUACCUAUUUUUCAGUUGAUAGCUGCAUGACUGAUACAUACAGAUUGAAAUACCAUCAGAGGCCCAAGCUCUGUUUUCCAGAAAGCAGUGGCUUUUGUAAUGAUAAUUCACUAUCUCAGAGUGAAAGACGGCUAGGACCUGUGUCACAUAAUAGUCUGGAUUCAAGCUGCCCUUCUGAGCAAAGAUGUAAACCUAGCAUACAUCGUAAUAGAUAAAUGACAAAAUUGGCAAGCUUAUACUUCUCAGAGGCCAUUUAAAUAUAACAGGAACCUACUGACCAAACCUAGUGAUACAUAAAGUCAAAACCCAUGGCAUUUUUAAAGUCAUUAUCAUUUUAUAUGUGUGUGUGUGUAUAAUUUAUAUAAAGCAUUAUGAUGAUCAAUUUAUUGGAUGUUUUAGAAAUUCCCUUUGAAUAGUCUUGGCAUGCUUUGAAAAAUAGAAAAUUGGGGUAUAUAACAAUUCAUUUGCCAUAUGCUACAGUUGAAUAAAAAUUAAAUUUGUCCCUCUAUCGUGUGG